AUACUACUAGGGCUCAUAUACUAUACUACUAUACUAUACUACAUUUUACUUUGUUGGUCUUCCCAGCACAAUUUUUCAAUUAGAAAAGCAUGAUCAGUAGAAAUGUUUGUAAUUUUUUCCCCCUCUACUGUUUUAUUUUGCACUAACUGCUGACACGGUGGUUAACAAAUAACCCUGGGAAAUUCCUACAUCCUCCCAUUCAUCAAGUGAGUCAUAAAGGUGAUAGGCUUACACAGACAGAAACACACUGACACAUGCAAAGAGAACAUGUUUACUCAGACAGCCCAAAUUUCCUUAUUACUCCUGACUCACACUAGAAAGAACAGUACAGCUACAGCUACUGCAGCUGUAGCUGGAGAAAAAUGCAUGUUGAGAUGUGAAGUAUUGCUUUGGUUGCUGUUUGUCUUCCUUAACAUUUUGCUCUGUGUUUGGCAGCCUGUAGUGUUAUUUAUAUCCUGCUAUUACUAUUAGUUGUAGAGGGCCAGUCCUAUUUCUUAUGUCUCUUUAUUUUUAGUAUAUCUGCAGUGUGUGUUCUCAUAAGGUAGUCUAACAACGGUGACUAUUUUUAAGAUGUCAGUUUUUAUUUGUAUAGCCCAACAUCACAAAUCACAAAUUUGCCUCCGGGGGCUUUACAGUCUGUAAGAUUCUGGGCACUUCUCCUUGGGUUAGCUAGUUUAGCUAAUGUAACAUCAGGCUAGGUUAUUAUUACAUACUACACCCUGGAGUAGGGGUGUACCAAACAGACAUUCACCGGGGAAAAGUGCACUGCUAACGUCAGUUAGCAGCUAGAUAGCUAAUUAGCUGCUCAGCUGCAGCACAUUAAACAGCGUUGUUAACAUAUCUGCAGAUGUCACGUCAGACCCGUUAGAUGCUGGUUUGGUUGUUGCUCUUCACAAUCCCUGUUAGCGACACACUGUCUGUCCAUUACUUGUACUUACAGCAGUUUGUCUACUUUGUUUCCAAUGAGACAAUAAAUUUUGAAAUUAAUCUGUGGUUUUUAUGCAUGCUGAAUCGUGGGGGGCGAUCUGCACAGAUCAACAGCGUUCCGUUACACCACUAUACUGGACCAAGUUCACUUUUUAGCUCUGAAACAAUUAUGUACAACUACAACUUUCUGCCAGAAUCAGAGAACCAAUUUUAUGUUUUUCCAAACUUUCAGUGAUAGAAUCCUUAUUUUGAUAACUUAAGGUCCACUUCUAAGCUUUUUUUCUGUCCUCUGGAGAAGUUAGGUCACAUGAUGACCUGCCUAUCUUUAUGAUGACCUGUAAUGUCCUUAUUGUAAAAAUGCACUGCAUUAUAACAACACAAACAAGUCAUAUGAGCACUUUCACAGCAAACAUUUUGACAUACCAGGAAAAGCACAAGUAACUAAUAACACUGUGUGUCAGUACCAGGGUUAUGCUAGCUCACUGUCAUGGCUUUGCAGGACAAAAACUUUUUUUUCUCGAAGCCAUUAAAAGCAAUUUAUUGAUAAGUGACCACAGAGACUAAUGAGCUGUAUGUAUGUAAUGUAAAAGAAGUUUCACAUGUGAACAGUGAUGAAAGGAGUACUGAGAUCCUUAACUAAAAAGCAGUAAUACCACAGUGUAGAAUAAGUAGUAUCAGGAAAAUGUACUUAAAGUACGAAAAGUAAAAGUACUCAUCAUGCAGAAUGGCGUCUUUCAGAGUGAUAUUACUGGGUUAUUAUUACCGAUGCACUAUUGUGGAAGCAGCAUAACAGCCUGGCCGCUGGUUGCAGUGGAGUUAAUUUGAACUACAAAUACUGCUGGAUAGUUCAAGCUAUAACAUCGAUUCAUGUUUUAUAAACUGAUCAUAGGUUUUGCAUGCAAAAUCUUAAUCUGCAAAGUUAACCAGUAACUGUCAACUGUAGUGGAGCAGAAGUGUUAAGUCACAUAAAAUGGAAACAAAUAGGCAAACUGUACUGAAGUGUAGAGUGUAAAGUGUGUACAGUAGUUGAGUACCUGUAGUGAGGUACUUUCCACCACUACAAGUGCAUUUAGUCUACAGUGAUGUUCCAUUCAUUUGACCCCAUAUACAUGGUGUAUUUUCUUGAAUUCCUGCAAGUUAUGUGUUUUAUUCAUAUCAUCUGCAGCCUACAGAUAUUUUCUCAGUGAUUUAUUUUUGGAAACACUUUAUACUAAGGUUGCAAAACAUAUACUUAAGUAAUGCUGAACUACUGCAUUUGUGAUGAUUUCAUGAAUUAAUACAGGAUGCAUCAGGACUUCCUGUUGCUCACCAUUAAGAACUGAUUAGGUCAUCGUGAGUUAAUGUCAUUAGUUAAUGCUUAAUGGACCAUCAAUUAAUGUUGAUUUCCAUUUACUUCACACAUUCAUUCACCAAAUGACUUAGAAUCCAGAUAAUUCUAAUUACAGAUAAUUUCUCUGGAGAAAUAUGAAGCAAUGUUUUAACUGAGUAGUCAGAUUAAUUCAUGCAUUAAGUCAUCAGGAGUCAUGCAUUACUUGUGUUUUGUGACCUUAUCAUAAAGUCUUGCAGAAUCUUCUAUAAUAUAUUCUUUCUCAGACGCAUGCUGGGGCAGCUUUUGUACGUUUUACCUCGAAUUGUUACAAUAUGUCCACAUUAUAGGAAAUGCUCACAAACUCGGUUUGACCUCACUGGGCAACUCAGCAGAGUUUCAGUGUGAGGGCUUUCCAGUGUGGGCGGGGCCAGGCUGUGGGAAGACAAUGCAGGAAGUAAUAGUCCGCUGUAGUUUCGGACUUAUUGUGAUUGACAAACACGUACCUGCCUGCUGUACAUAAAGGCAGGUCAUGUCAGUGACCGGAUGAGUGCGGUUGAGUCAGAGAAUGAAACUUAACGCUGCAUUCUGAACAGGUAAAAGCUCGGCUGUCUGCGAUGUCUGAGGCCGUCCUGGUGGAUCUGAUUCACGGCUGGUGUCCAACAUGCUCCGGCGCGUCUCUGCUGGAGGAACCUGCAGCAGACCUGCAUGUUUUCCUGCUGUGCGGGAAUCGUCACCGCCACAAAAACGGUUUUUCAGACACAUUUGUACGCUCGAGCAGAAAGGUGCAGAUGCUGGACUUCGGCUCCACCGCGGAGUGCUUGUACCGUUUCAAGCAGACAGUGGACGGGCUGGACCUGAGCUCGGUCACGGUCCUCACGUCAGCGCAGGGCAGAGAAGUGCUGCAUUUGUACCAGGAACUGCUUUUUACGGCCAUGUACACUUUUGACUUCAAGAUAAGGUCAGUGGACAGUACUUGUCCGAGCUGCAGAGGCCCUGCCCACACAGAGUCACCUGGUGAAAGAGUCCACGAAGAAGUGUCCACCUUCCUGCAGCAGCUGCCUGCACUAGCGGGAGACGUCACAACUCUGACGUCAUCACUGAUUCCAGACUGUUUUGGUCAUGGCUUCAGUACUCGUACAGGUGGUGUGUCCUACAUUCCCACCCUGUCCUCCUUGAAUCUGUUCAGCAGCAGCAGGAGGAGGGACCCCGGGGCCGUGGUGAUGGAGAACAGACGGCGACUGGCCCUCCAUGCUGGUUUUCACCCUCAGCCACUACGCCUGGUCAAGGUGAAGCACGCCAGUGAUGUCUGGGUUAUGGGGAAAGCCGAGCCAGAGAGCUAUGAUGCGAUUGUAACCAAUCAGAGUGGGGUGAUUUUAGGAGCUCCAGGGGCAGACUGCAUACCAGUCCUGUUUGCUGAUCGAGUGUCAAUGGUCAUCGGAGUCGCUCAUGCAGGCUGGAAAGGAACCCUGAUGGGAGUUGCUAUGGCGACAGUGGAGGCCAUGGUGAGAGACUUUGGUUGCCAAGUGAGCAACAUCGUUGUGGCCAUUGGCCCAUCAGUGGGGGCGUGUUGUUUCACCCUGGUGAAAGAGCAGGCGCUCGACUUCCAUUGCAUCCAUCCAGACUGUGUCCUUGAUCCGCAGUCAGCCAGACCACAUGUCAACAUCCGUCUUGCAAACAGAAUUCUCCUCCAAGAGGGUGGGAUCCUGCCAGAGCACAUCCAUGAUGACACAGUGACAGACAGGUCCUGUGUGACGCCCUGCACUUCUUGUCACCCCGAAGCCUUCUUCUCCCGCGUCAGAGACGGACUCAACUUUGGCACCCAGGUGGGCUUCCUGUGGAUCAAGGAAAACCAGAAAACAGGCCCACCCUCCAGCAGACAAGAUGGUGUGGAACUGACAAAAUGAAUGAUUGUCACAGAUAUCAUCCACCUGAGUUGUUGGGACUUUAUCCAAGGACUCCCGUAUUUGAUAAUGUGUGGGUAAAAAGGCCUGGAGACAGCAAAUGACUUGCAGCUGCAGGUAACAGAGAAAAUAAGUCCCUAUUACUUUAUAUUACACUGUUAUGUAUGAUUAUAUAUAUAUAUAUUUAUGUAUAUAUAUGUCAAAUAUGGAAUAUAACCUCUCCUGAAGAAUAAUGACUGCUAAAUCUGUACUGUUGCUCUAUUACUAUUUUCUGUUCUACAGUUUUAAAGCAUAUUAAUUUGAAUGUAAAAUCAACUUUAACUGUACUGUAAAAAAUUCCAGCCGAGUAGAUUUUAUUGAACAGAUCCAAUUAAGAUCAGCAGCUGUUGUUAAUGUGCCUUUAAUAAGCUGUACAGGUGCAGGCAGGAGUCCGAAUGAUGGCUGCUGUCAGUGUAUCGAAGUUUUAUGUGGUCGUUUGCUUGAAUGUUUCUUGUUUUCAGGUCCCUCUUGGUAAAGAGAUGACAAUCUCAAUGUGACGACCUGAUUCAAUAAAGUUUUUAAAAAAAUAUGA